AUGUCCAAGGAAUCGCAUCCAACCUCACGCCACGACAACAAUUCUGCCUCCUCCCAGCGUGUACGCAAGUUGGACAAGAUCUUCAACCUUUUUCGGCCGUCCAGCUCAGAGUCCAAGGCCAAGCAGUCCCAUAACACCAAAGCGACUCCUCAUCACCCUUCAACUGUCAGCGCCGAGUACAAUGUCGACAUCAACCAUGCAGUCUCAACCGCCGAGGUCAAAAGCACUACCUCCAAUGACCACCCGUCAGCUCUGUCGGCCAUACCUCGCUUGGACGUCUUCCCACAAAAUAUCAGCCCACCUACCGUCCCCAUCACUUUACCCAACUUCGGUGCUCGUAUCGACACCACUCCCCAGCUUGCCUUGUGCAUUGGUUUGCUCCCCAAGAUCGGCGAUCCCAUCAACCAGCAAGAGGAUCUCUCGCAGGUUUUGUCCUCUGGCACUUCUGCACAACUUGCCUGGACCAAUUCUAUGAAACAAGACCCCGUUGAACAGGAACGUCUGCGUUGGCUAGAAGCUCGCAUGGUGGAUGAGUUUACGAAAGAUACAUACAAGAACUCGACCGAGAUCGCGGAGAUGGUCCUUAUUGGGCCUGUUCUCGACAACGAGCACUUUCGCAGGUUGCUGUCGUGCACCAUCACAGCAUUCGACCAGGCUGUGCUUCUGGACGUCGAUUUGCUGCAGGGUCUGGUGCAAUUGGUCCAAUCUGCUCCCUCCGAAGCUCUGCUCCCUGACGACCUGGUAAAGAUUCUCCGCAUCCUCAGACUUCGUCUGCAGGACACCCACCGGCAAACCUCAGUGCAUCCUUUCCAUCUCACUCUGGCAGUUUCGAGGCUGCUUGAUGUAAUGGCGGAGCACAAGGUUCAGGACUUGGAUCGAGUCGAGGAGCAUGAACCUCUGUCUGGGGUGUUUUUGGGUUUGAGGGCGAGCUCAGAUCCCUACUUGAUGUACCAGGCAUGCUACGCGUUCCAAGCAUUGCAGUACGUGCCCAACAACGAGUCGCCAUUGCAGGCAGUUCUCCGACACUCUACCGGGGUUGUGGGCGGAUUAGUCAAAGUCUCCGCUGUGUUUAAGCUGGAUCUGGGAGCAGUUCUACAGGGGCUUGACGAGUUGCAAGAGGCGCUCGGCAGCGUCGCUGGGGUUGCUGAAACUGUCUAUGAUGGUACUUGCUCGGUGUUGGAGAGUGGCCGAGGCGUUCUUGAGAGUCUGAAAGAGGGACUCAGGUCAGGGAAGAAGCGUCCGUGGUACACUGCCAUUCGUGCCGCAUACGCUCUUGUUCAAGCCGGCCAACUCAAGGAUCUCAGCGUGCUCAUUUACGAGGCACCAUGUCGCCGUGACCCCUUGUUCCAGUGGGGUGUCUGCCAACUGCUGGGUGAGAUCGCGACUGACGACAUCUGGGAUAUCAACGUCCGUUUGCAGGUCGUUGUUUUUCUCGGAGAGCUGUACAAGAAUGAUUCACUGUGGGGCCAAGAUGAGAGCGUCAAGUCCUGGAUGCUGAACAUCAUUCACCAACUCUGCGCCUCUACUCACCAAGCUGUCAGCGACAACGCUCUUGCCUUGCUCAAAGAUCUCAACCAGGACCAGGAUACCGCCACCCGUCUUCCUUACCCGCUCAGAAAUCGCAUUCCUCUGCCUUCAUCGUCUCCAACGCUCGCCCGAGUCCAGGCUAUCCCCGAUGUCGACUACGAUCUGCACAGACUGAGACUUCGGCGCCUUGAAGAUCACGGAAGAAGUGUUUACAUUCAUCCUCAGGCGAAACCUAGCUUACAGGCGUCCGGCGAUACUUCGUUUCCGCUUAUGGAGAAGGUUUUGGAUUUCUUGGCCAGUCAGCGACAGGUGUUCCUGGUGCUGGGAGAUUCUGGUGCGGGCAAGUCGACGUUCAACCGUGAACUGGAGAAAGCCUUGUGGAAGACCUAUAAGAAGAACGGACCCAUCCCUCUCCAUAUCAGUCUCCCCACCAUUGACAAUCCAGCUAAGGGUCUCAUCGAGAAGCAGCUUAAACACCUCAAGUUUUCAGAGGAUCAGAUUCAGGAGUUGAAACACCGACAGUUUAUUCUCAUAUGUGAUGGAUACGACGAAAGUCAGCUCAAAGUCAACAUCCACACCACCAAUCAGUUCAACGGACCAGAACCAUGGAACGUCAAGAUCGUCAUCAGCUGCCGUACCCAGUAUUUGGGGCAGGACUAUCGCUCUCGCUUCCAACCUCAGCCCAUCGAUCGAUACCAGAGUAUUGCAACGGAUCUCUUCCAGGAGGCUGUCAUCGCCGCGUUUUCCAAAGCCCAGAUCCAGCAGUAUGUUGAAGAGUAUGUUAAGAAGCAACCUACAGUCGACCCUCUUCGGGACCGGCCAUCAUGGACCGCGAAUGAGUACAUGGACAAGUUGAAUGGGAUCAAAAACCUCAUAGAUCUCGUUUCGAACCCCUUUCUCCUGACGGUGGCCCUGGAUGCUCUCCCAUCUAUUGUCGAAUCCAAUAAGGAUCUUUCCGCGAUCACGAUCACCCGUGUGCAGUUGUACGACAGUUUCGUCAAGCGAUGGUACGAAGUCAACCGGAAGAGGCUGGAAGAGAGUCUGUUGAGCAACGAGGAGCGAAAUGAGCUGGAAAUUCUUAUCGACGACAACUUUCUCUACCAAGGUGUCCACUACCAGAGGAGCCUUGCAAUGUCGAUCUUCUUGGAGCACGCAGGCAACCCCAUCGUCAAGUACACCCAUGUUCGCGACAAAGACACUUGGAAGGAAACUUUCUUUUCCCCGAAAGGUCAGACUAAGUUGCUUCGCGAGUCGAGUACGGUGAUGCGGUCUGGCUCAUUCUUUCGUUUCCUCCAUCGGUCCCUACUGGAGUAUUUUUAUUCCAGAACUAUCUACGAUCCUCUCGAUCAUGAUGCCAAUGAUGAUUAUGGACUUGACGAACGCGAACCAGGUCCAGACCUCAUGACCUGCCUGUCUCGGAUGAACAUUGUGGAGGAGCCGUCGAUCCUGCAAUUCUUGGCCGAGCGUGUUGAUCAGGAUCCCUCUUUCCGACAACAACUCCGCGAUGCCAUCGAGCAAUCCAAGACCAAUGCCAGUGCCACCGUCGCCGCCGCCAACGCUAUCACGAUCCUGGUCAGAGCCGGUGUUCUGUUCAACGGCGCUGAUCUCUGUGGCAUCAAGAUCCCAGGCGCCGAUGUUUCCUACGGCCAGUUUGAUUCUGCAAAACUCCAAGGAGCCGACCUGACGGGCGUCGAUCUCUCGAGGAGUUGGUUGAGGCAAGCGGAUUUGAGCCAUGCACAGCUGGACGGCGUCCGGUUCGGAGAGCUGCCCUACAUCAAAGUGGACGGUACGGUACAAGCCUGUGCCUACUCGCCUGACGGAAGGAUGCUUGGAGUGGCGUUAUGGGGUGAUGGUCUUGGCGUCGGUAUUUACGACACCUCUACAUGGCAGCGAAUUCGUCUAAUCACAGCCACUCAAAAAGUCCUAUCUGUUGCGUUCUCGCCUGACAGCCGACGAAUCGUAUCUGGGGACUGGAAGGGAAUGGUUCGGUCGUGGGAUUGCACGAGCGGCGAGGAGUUGUUGGUUAUGAAGGGGCAGAGUGAUUUCGCUGCCUCAUUGGCGUACUCCCCUUGCGGUAAUCGUAUCGCCUCGGCCAGCGGCCAAACGGUGCAAUUGUGGGAUUCGUUGACCGGAGAGUGCAUCUUUGUUUUGGAAGGCCACACCUACUCGGUUAUGAGCGUCAAGUUUUCCCCGGAUGGACGGCAGCUUGUAUCAGGCAGCCUGGAUAGGACGAUUCGGUUUUGGGACUCAGAGACAGGAAAGCCAGGGGUCGUCUUCCGUCCUUCGUGGGAAGGGAUUUACGAUUUUGCCAUUUCUUCAGACGGCCGAUGGAUAGCUUCCGGUCACGAGGAUGGCAAAGUGCUGUUAUGGGAUGUAGUGUCCAGUAGCCCAGGUCCUGUUCUACAAGGUCACACCGACUGGGUUAGAGGAGUCGCAUUCUCUCCGAACGGCCAAUUGAUCGCUUCUGCCAGCAAGGACCGCAAGGUGAUGUUGUGGGACGCAUCGACAGGAGACCUUAUUUCCUCAUUUGACGGUCACUCGGACUCUAUAGGGGGCGUGGCCUUCUCUCCGGAUGGUCUUACCUUUGCAUCGGGAUCUGAGGACAAGACAUUGCGACUAUGGGAGACGAGCUCUAGUCCCUCCACAAUCGCGGUACAAAACCAGAUCGGUGACGCUUCCAAAGUGGCAUAUUCUCCCGAUGGCCUAUCUAUUUUCUCUUUCGUCCGCCCAGGUUUUAUCCGACAAGGGGAUGUCACAACAGGAGCGCUCGGAUCAGUGUCGUUUGAGUUGCCGGACCCGGAGUCGAUCUUUAGCCUGGAGUUUUCACCGGACGGCAGUCGGAUUGCAACCGGGUGCGAGGAUGGUUCAGUGCGAUUCUGGGAUCGCAGCACUGGCGCAGCAGGACCGGUCUUGGAGAUGCAUUCGAGCGCUGUGCGGUUAAUUGCUUAUUCAACUUGUGGUCACUGGAUCGCUACUUGUGACAAGGACAUGACUGUACGGUUAUGGGACCUUCGUGAUACGGAGCAGCAAUGCGUUCUUGUUGAAAGAGGUGUAGACAAUAACGACUGGAUCUUUGACUUGAAGUUCUCACCAACAGGCCAUCAACUUGCGGUCUGCACGGAGGCCGGAAAAGUCUGGCUUUUCGAUCCACGAACAAGAGUCCUCCUGACGUCCAAGAAGCUGAUGAGGAAGGCGAUCGUGGCAUUGGAUUAUUCGCCUAAUGGUCACCAGCUUUCCUUGGGCACUUGGACCUCGGUUGCCUUAUGGGACCUGCAAUCGGAUGAGACUAGUCUGGAGUUGAACGUGGCUGCCAGUCCGGUGUUCCCCUUUGGUAAAAGCGUGGCUGUUGCUUACUCGCCAUGCGGUCAGUUUCUGGCAUACUCCAACGCCGACUAUAUUGUGCAUCUCUGGCACCGACAUUCGACCAAAGGGAACAUCGAAAGCUGGUCUUGCGCAGCUGUGCUUCGUGUGUUUCAUGGUUUCAUCCCGAGCCUCUCUUGGAAUCCAGUUGUCCCGACGGAGUUCAUCACAGCCAGCAGAGAUGGGUCUGUUCGAGUAUGGCGAGUGUCGAGCGAUGAUGGAGCGGUCGCCGUCAAGAUGCUCUGGGGAACCAAUCUUAGGAGGCUUUGCACUGCAGGCACGGUUCUUGAAGGUGUAACUGGCCUGAGCUCGACCCACCAGAAGUUGAUAUCUCAACGCCGUGCCUCUGACAAGGGUCCAUCUUCAGAAGACGACUGA